AGCGAGGGGAGAGAGUGGAAUAUGGAGAGAGGAAGAGGAGGGUGAUUACAAAUGGAAGAGAGGCUGAGAGUGCUACUCAGCAGCAAACACAGGGUGAACAAGUUCAGAUGUGAGAGAUUGAGAGAAAGGGAGAGAGAGAGAGAGAGCGAGAGAGAGAGAGAGAGAGAAAGUAAGAGUUGAGGGAGAGACAUCAAAUCUGUCUGAGAAAGGUUAACAGGACUGACUGACUAAGUAGAGUGGGAGUGUAAAAUGUAAAAGCGAGUAGGAGGGAAGAGAGAAAGGAAGAGGAGAAGAGAAAAGGAGGAGAGCGCGUCUGACAGUCUGUUGAGCUUGUCUGGACGCUUCUGAUCAUUCUGCUCUGUUUUGCCUUCACACCUGCAGCCUGGGAGGAUGACUUGAAGCCAGAAAGGUGUUUGUGUGUGUGUGUGUGCGUGGAGCGGCUGUGAACAUGGAUAAACAUGCUUUGUGAAGACGGAUGCACAGAGAGACGGUGGGAUGGAUGGAUGGAGGAACAUAUCGUGACAACCCUGGACCUAACUAUCUGCAGCGCUUGCGAAAAAAGUGGAGUCUGUGUCACAUGAUCACAACACCUCCUCAGCUUCUGCAGGAGGGCAUGCAGUGCCAGUUUGAGCGUCAGGCAGCGUGAGCCAAUGAGCCUCACACCGAACCUAGCACUUGUCCCAGACAGGGACAGCCUCCCACUCAAAAAGAGGGACCAAAGACCAAGCUCUCCCCCACAGCAGCAGCAACAGCAGCAGCAGCAGUGUGAUGCUGCAACAUUCAAGGCGCCCUACCCUUACAAGAGCCACAGUGAGUUUAAGACAAAACACACAGGCCCUUUUCAGCCCGUACCGAAACGGGUUCCUGCACUGUACCAGCCAUGGAUGCAGACUAACACAUCCACCAGAUCCAAACCUCAGGUCCUCUCUGCGUUCAGGGAGCAUCAUGGCUGGGCCGAGUGGAGAGAGUUCAACCCCCUGCACCCUGGAUGGGACUUUUAUCACCACUAUCAGUCCAACAGCCACUUGUCUGGAACACCUGCACUGCACCCACACCACCCACACCACCACUCCAGAUUCAGCCCUGUCUCCCUGGUCACUGACGGUUUCCAAAGGGUGGGUGGAGGGUACGGCUGGGAGCAGCCCAAGACAUUAAGGGACAAGAGUUUAAACACGGAGAGGCAGAGCAAUGGGAGGAAUAAAGAACCUUAUGUGAGGAGAAGGGAAAGAAAAGUUGAGUAUUUUCCCAGGGUUGAAAAAGCAAGCCCUCCAUUGUUGAGCACAUGCCUACCUCACUCUCUAUAUGAGGACUUCACAGCUCAACGGUCAACAAAGGGGGUCAAACAACAUGUUUCUGGACGUUCCUUCAUAAGAGUUUCCCCUGCCGAUAACUCAAGCAACACAUACACCUCCAUGAAGGAGGACGCAUCAAGAUCUUCUACACUCGCCUGUUCUGAGCAUGAUCCUUCCUCUCCCAACCAUUUUCCUUGGCUGCUUCCUCACUUUGUGGCAGGCUCUCUUAUUGAGCUCAGAGACGGGCAGUUGAGGAGAGUGGAACACUUGCAGACAGAAGACUUCCUGCUGGGAUCCCUGGCCUGUCCAGACCUGCGCCUGAGCUGCUGCACGGUGCAGAGCAUCACCGCUUCAGCUUCCUCCUCCUCCAUCUCACGUCUCCUCAUCCUGCUUCACGACCAGCAGUCCCAGGAGUUGGUGGAUGUCUAUGUGGAGUACCCGUUCUUUGUGCGCGGGAGGGGUUGGUCCUCCUGCAGCCCUCAGAGGACUGCCCGUCUCUGUGGCCUGCAGUGCCGCCAGCUCAUUGUGGGGGACGUCUGCCUGGCUCUCACCCCUGUCUCAGCCCCCCAGCCUGCACCGUCAGCCACCCUGGAGCCAAAAACCUCCCCUAGGAAAUCAGAAGGAGUGUGUGAGUCCCUAAAGGAAGCACAACCCCAGGUUCCCCCGGGGCCAGAGUGGCCAGCAGGGGGGCAGAAGAAGGAGGCAGAGGCAGUCCGGAGGAGGCACUAUUCAGCCCCUGAGUUAAGAGGUACAGGGAUUAACUGCAUGUAGUGAGGAGGUUCACUGUUUUAUGGACAGGAAGAAGUCUAUCUCUUUUAAGCUCUGCUAUAUUCAGCUGAUAUUUGCUGUCUUUCUACCUCCUGAAUUGUAUUUCUGUGCUUGACUGUGGUUUUUAAUUGUAUCUAAGGUGUAAAAGCUAAAGAGGACUGAUAAGAUAAACUCUCAGGAUCCCCCAGAGGAAAACCUACAGAAGCAUAUUUGUCAAGAGUUGAGUUAAACAUUUCAUUUUCUGUGAGCAUGAUCAGAGUCUAUCAUAACACAGAAUUCAGAUCGUGUUCAUGUGAGAGAGUCAAUUUAAUACGUUUUUGUGAGAACGUGGAGAACCAAAGCGUGCAUCUAUGUUUCCACAGGGAGCUGCUUCACUGAUAGUGAAUUAAAGAAAGAAUAUUGUUUGGGUUUUUAAAGUGUUCUGAUUAUUUUUUGCAGCAUUUCUGACAAAAUUGUGCCCUUGUUCCCUGAAAAGCACAGAAAAAUACUCCCUCAGGUUCCUCACUGCUGAUCAAAUCAUUUUAAGUUUAUCUCUCUUGCAUCUAAUAUGACUUCUUAAACCACAUAAAGGAUCAAUUUCAUUCCAAAUUUCUGCAUAUCCCCCAUGCCAGAAUCCUGAUAAUAAAGUGAAUUUUCAAAUUGACAUUCAACUUUUUUUCAGUAGGAUUUAGUUUUUUCGCUUCUACCUCUGUUUUCUAUUUAAGGUGACAGAUACAUAUAGUGUGUGUUUUUAACAGUGUGGGCUGUGGUGUAAUAUGUUGUGCUGGAAGCUCCUAGUUUCUCUGUGAAUGUCAGUGAGAAUGCUUUUAUUGGCCUGGUUGUUGCAGUAUAUAGCUGCUUUUGUACCGAUGCUCCUUUUUAAAUGUCUGUCCCAUUGUUAAGAGCUAUUCAAAGUACUUCAAAAGCACAAUCUGUGAUCAGUGUACAGCGCCAUAUGUCUGGAUAUUAUAUACAUUAUACACUUGGACAAAAAAUGAAAUGGUUCAAAAUUGAAAUGCGGACCACUCAACUCUGAUUUCAGAGUUAGGGUGGACAAGGUGCUGUACACACUGAUUGUGUCUUUAACCUGUAAAACAGUUUUCGCACUGUU